ACCACCAUCAGCACCAGGCCACUAUAGAGCCUUCUUUAGCUAGCUCUCUCUCUCUCUCUAACAUAAGUUCGUUCUCUCAUCGUUUUACGUCCUCGGUUUUUUCGUCGUGUGAUAUUUCGAAAGGAUUCUAAAAAGAGAAUCUUUAGAAAAUGUUGUUUCGUCGUCGCGACGUGUCGUCGCGUUAAAUCAAAAUAGAAAAAAAAAAAAAGAAAAGAAAACAGAGAGAGAAGGGAAAAAAGAAAUAACGAGAGCGUGACAAAAACACAAAGGAAAAAAAAGAGAGAGAGAGAGAAAAAAAAAAGAUCGCUGAAUAAUCGCGAGAGAAGUGUCCGUUAAUUCGGUUAUCAUCGAUCGUCUUUGGCGAGAGGAUAAACGUGCCCAAGUGUCGGGCUUCUCGCGAAUUGCGAACGUGUGCUACGCGAUUACACAGUGACAAUGUUCUUUCACAAUCGUCAGGCCCUACCGUCAGAACCAAUGAAAUAUCAUCGUCAUUUAUAAAUACUUCUCUUUUUCUCUAUAAUAAUUCUCACGGAAUUAUAUUUUUGAUAGAAAGAAAAAAGAAGGACGGAAAGGAAAUAAAAUAAAGAUUAGAGUCCAACUUGUCAACAAAACGUGUCGUUAAUUGAUCAUUUUUCAAAAAGAGUCUUGGAAGCGUUCCCGGACACAGCUGUCUUGACUUUUGAAUUCUUCAUUUUUGAAGCAAGGAAAAGUGUGCCAUAAAUGUUUCAUAGACACCCCUCGUGGUGCGGAUAAUAUCACGAUAUAUACCUCGUUCAGAAUCGGAGAAUCGAAGCUGGAUCUCGAGGAUCUCGACGAUAUGUUCCCGGAAAUCCAGCAACUGCCGUGAAAAAGUGAGCCACGUGAUAUAAAGAGUAACAACGGCUGGGAAAAUGGCAGACAGACCGAAAAGUCGAUACCUGACUUUCAGCAUACUUCAUAUCAUCACGUUAAUGUGCCAAGCGCUUUCAGAGCCACCGAUGUUUGCCGAACCAAUACCAAAUGUCACCGUAGCACUUGGAAGGGAUGUCAGUCUACCUUGCGUCGUUGAAAAUCUCGGUAGUUACAAGGUCGCUUGGGUCCACGUCGGUAGACAAAUGCUAUUGACGAUUCACAAACACGUUGUCGUCAAAAUACCAAGGUUCUCCGUGUCGCACGACAAUCAAAAAACGUGGCUAUUACACAUCAAUGGAGUACAACAGGACGACAGAGGAUACUACAUGUGCCAAGUGAAUACUAAUCCUAUGAUGAGUCAAGUAGGAUUUCUACAAGUCGUUGUUCCACCAAACAUAUUGGACUCUUUAUCAACGGAGAGUACAGUCGCCGUACGAGAAAAUCAAAACAUCACGUUAACGUGUAAAGCAGACGGAUAUCCAACUCCAAAAUUAAUGUGGAAACGUGAAGACGGUCAAGGGAUAAGCAUCAAUCGGCACAAAAAAGUAUCCAAGUACGAUGGCGAACAAUUAAAUUUGACGAAGAUUACACGUAAUGAAAUGGGAGCAUAUCUAUGUAUCGCAACCAAUGGCGUUCCACCAACAGUUAGCAAAAGGAUCACCGUUGAUGUCGAAUUCUCGCCAAUGAUCUUUGUACCAAAUCAAUUGGUCGGAGCACCAGCUGGUACCAAUGUGACGAUCGAUUGUCACACCGAGGCCUAUCCUCGUGCAAUGAGCUAUUGGUUCCUAGGGGAUGAAAUGAUACUCUCGAAUGAGAAAUACACGACUACCAUAAUGGAGAAUAGCUACAGGGCUCAUAUGAAAUUGCACAUAAGGAAUCUUCAAGCUGGUGAUUUUGGAAACUAUCGAUGCAUCAGUAAAAAUUCGUUGGGCGAAACAGAAGGUUCUAUAAGGCUCUAUGAAAUCCCAAAACCAUCGGCUCCACCCAAGGCAACGGAAAUCAAGAGCAGCGCCAACAAAGAAGGACGAGCGAGCACACCUCCACCAGCAAAAAGGCCGACUACCGUAUGGCCAUCCUCUUACAACCCGUAUUCUCCGAAAAGGACGGAAAGACCAUCGCCAUCGAGCGAAGACAGGGUCGACAGGCCUAAACAGAAACUACGUGGUGAUUACAGUACAGGAAGUGCAUACAUCAUCAGAUGGAGUGCACCGCAGUUGAUGAUCGUUGCGGUACAGUACAUACUCACUGGACCGUACAUGCCACCAUACCAACAUGCAUACGUGGGAUUACGUUUAAGCGACGCGUGAGCGGCCACAGUCUACGGUAAGCGAGGCGUAACGGAGAUACCGCUCCGUGACGUCGUUAAGCGCCGGCAUACAACACGAUUCCACGCAACGAGACGCACCGCCGCCGUGAAACGACACCCUCUCCCUCAUCUCUCCACUACAACGUUGCUCUUUCGAUGCUGAAACUUCGGAUCGAUGAAAAGAGAAAAAGAGAGAAAGAGAAAGAAAAAGAAAGCUUUUUCGUGCAUUCGCCCAUCCCCUCAAGAUUUUUUUCUUAAAGAAAAUCGACGUUACCGACGUUUACGAAGGUCGGUAAAAAUGGGACGUAAGAAGGACGAAGAAGGGAGAAGGGUGAAAUGGGGGAGGAAAAUAGGGUAGGGGAAAGGUUGUGGGCUACGGAUAAAAAUGGUUGCUCGAAUUUAAAGCGGGAAGAGUUUUACGACGCUGUUAGGUAUUAAACUUGAAGGUAAAUCCUGAUACAACUCACCCCGCACGAAUUUAUGUCCGUAUUCAUUAUUCCAACAAUAAAAAGACGCUCCCUUAAGGAAUUCUCCGCUUCUCGAACCGACGGUAAUAAAACCUUAGCUUCGCUUUACGGUCAUUCACGGAAAGAUCCUAAGAUUUUCUCCAUCCACCCACUUACACUCGGGAACGAUGUAAGAUAUAUUUAACUCUUCGAAGUGGAAAUAUCAUCGAUUUGUCAUAAGAUCUCUCUCUUUCUCUUUCCACACACACACACAUAUAUAUGUAUAUAUAUACCUAAAUGGUUUGAUUUUGAUUUCAUUUAACUUCUUUACAAACUUAUUUCCAAUCUGGCCAAUAAACCUAGAAUCUACGUUCUAAGGGAAGAAAUUUUCAAGGAGACUUACCGAAAGGAUAAAUUUCAUCGUAAAUGAGAGUACGCAUGAAGCAUAGCAAGGAGAAUCAUAAGAUUCUACGGUAUUUCGGGAACAAGUGGUAUUAUCGUUUUAUGCUUUGUUUCUAUCCUAUCUCUCUCUCUCUCUCUCUCUUUCUCUCCCCUUCCUUACCCUUCCUCUUUCGCACUUCUCCUAAUUACCUCUAUUUCCUUGAAACAUAAACUGCAGUGAACAAUCCCCAUACGCAUUAACGAAUUCACUUGUGCAUUAAUUAAACGUAGCUUCCGAUAAGAGAGAAUGGCUUGAUCUCAAAGUUAAAAUUUAUAAAAAAAAAAGAACAAGAAGAAAGUAAGAAAAAAGAAAGGGAAAAACCGAUACACGUUUUUCGUCGUCGAAACGAUUUAACACGAAAAUCAAGAAAGAUAAAUUCUACUACGAUAAAUAAACUGUACAUAAAAUAUAGUCAAAUUUUUUUCAAUCAAUUUUUUGCUAUAUACAUAUACAUAUACAUAUGUAUAUAUGAAGAAAAUUUACACACAAUACACAAGCACAUAGCUCUAAAAUAUUAUGGAUUCAUGCAUAACUCGGUAUAGAGUAAAAAAAUUUUCAUUUCUUCCAAAAGUUCUAUAACAUUUUUUCAUGAUAGUGAUUGCAUAAUACACUUACAACGAUUAUGUCUAAAAAAGAAAGAGAAAGAGAGAGAGAGAAAGAGACAAAGACAAAGACAGAGAGGAGAAUCAGGUGCGAUGAAAUUUUCGAAUGACGCAAGGGAGUCUUGUGGUUCAACGAGCUCGAUGUAACACAAGUAGAGAAGGAUGAGGAUCUGUACUGUGUGACGAGAAAAAGAAAAAGGGAGAUAGAAAGAGAAGGAGGCAGAUAUAAAAAGAGGGAGAGAGAAGGAGAGAAAGAGAGAGAGAGAGAGAGAGAGUUAGUUGCUAUAGAAGGGUAGAUGGAGGAAGAGGGAUCCCGUUACACACAGUCUGUAUCAUCAUUUUGCGAUGUACUUGCGAGCUUUUCCCGCCUCGUUUAACACGGCCCAUUCAUAAUAAGAUGACGGCCGCAAAAGUAUUGGCUCUUAUCGUAAAGCACAAAACGCGUUACCACGCUAGAGAUCCUUCGACCACCGAUUUACCAGCACCGUUCUACCAGCCUGAAUAUCUAUUGUCAGGAAUUACGAUAUACCUACAGUCUAUUCCAUUCGGUCAAUAUUUUCUCGGUUCCUCUGGCGGGUUCUCGUAAUUACCUGAUUAAUAAAUAUAACGAAAGCAAUCUCCCAAGCUUGAAAUCGAUCGAAACUGGAGAAAAUAAGAAUAAGUACAACGGACUAAUCAUUUUGCCAUUUUCUACUUUAAAUUUAAUAGAUUCCCUUUCUACUUAUCACUUAUAUGUAUCUUCAAACGCGUGAGAUCUACUUUGGGAUAUUAAACGGAUAGUGGGAGGAGGAGAAUUACGAGAAAUUAAUGUACGUUUAUUGGAUAGUUAGAUAUAUAUUCGCAUACAAAGUUUUUUUUUUUAUUAUUUCCUUUUGUACGAUAAAUCAAUUAGUUAUAUUAAGUUCGAUGAUUAUAAUAUCGACAAAAUACAUUAUCUACAUAUUUUAUUCGCCAUCCUCUUGCUAUGUUACUUGAACUAGUAAAAAGCCUUAUUUCAUAUAUUCAUAUCGACAUAUAUUUCUAAUUAUGAUCGAUAAAUAGCAUUUACGCGAUGAAGGAACAUGCAAAAAUCUCAUUCCUAUGCAUUUAUCUCCCUCCCUCUCACUCUCUCUCUCCCUCUCUCUUUCUCUUUCUCUUUCUGUCCAAUUUGCAAUUACCAAAUUGAUUCGAUCGUUUUACCAGUAACAUAUCCGACUAAAAAUAACGAACAACCGAAGCUAAAUUUCACGGACGCGAAAGGAUACGAAAAAUGUUUUAUCAUUGGUGAAUACGCAAACGUAGCAUACGUGGAUUUCAGAUAUAUCAGGAAAAAGUAUGUUUUUGUUUCUUUUUAUUUACAGUAUACUACUAUUUCUCCAUAUUCGGCGAAUGGUGGCGAAUAAAAACGUUAAUUGAAAUAAAUGUGACCGCUUUUUCGCCAGCGAUUAUUCUCAUCUCCCCUACCUCCUGAUUUCAACCACCACCCUCUCGCCCAUCCUCCACUUUCACGACGCGGUCGAUACAUCGUACAAUAAUCUCGAUUGACCAUUGUGUUCGCCUUGAAAUGGUCUACGUCGUACGUGUUGGAAAACGUGUGGUUUGGUAAAAAGAAAAAAAAAGAAGAAGGAAAAAGGAAAAAAAUAGAAAAGAAAAAUAAUAAUCAAAAUAUAGAAGCUGUAACUGAUACUUCUCCUUCAAUAUCAAUUUUCAUUGGAAACAUUCCUUUUUCAUAUUUUUAUCGUACAAAUAAUUUCGAAAAUAAUCGUCUAUAGAAAUGACAAAAUAUGAUACUUUGUAACAGUAUUCGCUUAUUCGCAAUGAAUAACGUAUGGUUUUCUUCAAAAAUAAAAAAUAAAUAAAUAAAUAAAAAAGAGAGAGGAAAGAGAAAAAAAAUAACAAAACUAUAACAAUACGUUUUCUCUGAGAUCACUUUUCAUUGGGGGAAAAAAAAAAUUAUUCUUUUUUUCUAUCGUCAAUAAUUUCAACGAUGCAGUGAAUAUUUUUUUCUAUCAUCAAUAAUUUCAAUUACAUUGAAAAACAAACAAACAAAAAUAUCGAAACACGAUAUUCUCUUUCAUUUAUUCAUCUCUUUCCCAUUUAAAAAUCAUAUUUUCAAUAAAUAUAUUAAUCUAAGAAUAUAUGCAUGUACCUUAAACACAAGGAAAUUAUAAUCACUAUAUUUCACUGUAUAUAUAUAUAUAUAUAUAUACACACGUACACGUUGUAUAUAUACAUACACGUUGAUUGGACGUUUGCAUUAACCAAAUUUAUAUCGGAUGCCAAUGAACGAACGCAAUAGUAUCAUUUACCGAGGCCGACCAGGCCAGUUAAUUAAUCUCUAAACUAUAUCGAAAAGGACGGACGUAGCUAUUCAUAAUUCGCGAAUUAUAAUCGCAUACGAUCGAUUAUUGUUUCGUGUUAUGUAUGUCCCAUGGAAACUGGAAAUCGCGUUUUCUCGCGUUUGGCCAAGCCGAACACGGAUAUUCUUCCUCCGUCGUAAUAACGAAAAUAUACAGGAAAAAUCUAUUGCAAAAGAUAAACGAUUUCCAUCGACUGAUCCAAAGAGAUGCAAAGAGAAAAGAAGAGAAAGAAAAACAAGAAAAGAAGAAUCACGUAAGAACACAUAAAACAAGUUGAAAGUAUUAUCGCUUAUACUUUGAUAUAUAUAUUAUAUAUAUAUUAUGAUUAUGAUUACUAUGAUGAUGAUGAUGAUUAUUAUCAUUAUUAUUAUUAUUACUAUUAUUAUUAUUAUUAUUAUUAUUAUUAUUUUUAUUAUUAUUAUUAUUAUAGAAUUAUAAUAACAAUUAUUAUGAACAUUGAUACUAUUAUUGUUCUUGUUAUUAUUAUUAUUAUUACUAUUAUUUUUAUUGUUAUUAUUAUUAUUAUUAUUAUUAUUAUUAUUAUUAUUAUUAUUAUUAUUAUUAUUAUUAUUAUAUUCGAGAAAUUUAAAUUAAAAAGUGCAUGAAGUAAAACGUUUACGCAUGCACAAAUGAAUGCUCUAUAAAGGAAGUUUAUAAAUUUUAAUAUAUUAAAUCGACCGACAAUUUCGGAGGAGGUUCGAACUACGGAAAUGGUAGAAAAAGAUACAGAGAGAAAAAAAGAAAGAAAGAGAGAAAGAGGGUGGAAGAAAAAAAGAGAGAGAGAAACAUGAAAGUGAAGUUUACUUUUCCGAAUUUUUAUUCGUUCCUCCGAUCGAUCGUCGGAUACGUCCGGACGUAAAUUGUAAGAGAUGUAAGAUGACUUACUGUAAAUAAUUCGAUGUAUAAACCACGUUUCGAUCGUUUGUAUGAUAUACAGUGUGAACGUAUGUACGUGAUGGUGGUACUCGUGUAUGUACGAUGGAAUAUAAUGUACGAAAAAAUCAAUUCCAUCGAUCGAAUUCACUUGGACGUCAACGUGUUUUGUGUAUGUACAUAAAUUUUAAGCUCUGAUAAGUGCCAAAUAGAAAUCAUUUAUCGUCCUCUCUACGCAAUACCGUCUGAUAUAAUCGGCAUUACUCAAGGAGGAUACUCGAUAUGUAAAAUGAAGCUAACUGUUCCAAUGAGCACACGUUUGUUUUUCGCUGUUAAAAAAAAAAAAGAAAAAAGAAAGAGAGGAACACGCAAAGUAAAACAAAAAAAAAGAAAAAGAAGAAGUCUACACAUAUGCGAAGCCUAAUAUCGAUGAUUGCUUUUUUUAUAUCUUUUUAAUUUUUUAUAAACAUUUAUACUCGACGAGUACUUUUAAUAUUGCAACAUUUGAUCUCAAUCUUGCCAAAAAUAUUGUCCAAUCUAUUAACACGUUGAGUAAUCAUGCUAUUCGAUUAAAACUAUUGAAAUUGAUUUCAUUUGUUUAUUGUAAUAAUUAACAAAUGAUAAAAGGAAGAAUUAAAGUAUGAUGUUAAAAAUAAUAAUCAUAUGCAAAAUUAUAUACUUAUCAAUUUAUGCGUAUUAGGUAGGUACUCAACGUGUUAAACGUUUUAACAAAAUUCACGUUCACUCGAUGCUCGAUAAUGAGCAUAAAAUAAUUUUAUGUAUGUAUAAUCAUCUCUAUACCUACUUAUAUUUUCGGAUGAUUGUACACGCACAUACAUAUAUACACAUACGCAUACACAUACACAUAUACACACCUCAGUGUCCUCGUGUAGUCUCAUAAUCGCUUGAAAACUCGAUAACAGUCGUAGAUGAUUCAAGAAGAAUAGAAAAUAAAGAAACGUGUUUCAACGAUUCUAAUAUGUUACUAAUCAAUAGUAUUUACAAUACAGUACCAUUAAAAUGAUAAGUAUUAAAUAAAGAAUUAGACAAAUCAGUGUGCUUUUCGUUUUGAAACGAGCGUGCUUAUAAUAAUUAAUCGUCGAGACUAGUCAUUAUAAAGAAGCACCAUAAGUCGUGGAUUCGAAAGUCAAUCGAUUUAAACAUUUUUCAAGAUUAACAUUAACAUUAGGAUAUAUCAUAAGUAUGUUCGUUUUUAUUUUAAUACUAUAAAUAUAAUAAUAUUAAUAUUAUUAUAUGCAUUAUAAAUUAUAUCGUAUGAUUUAUAUAAUAUUAAAUGUCAAAUUUGUAUCCGAUAAAAAAGAUUUUAAAAAAAGAAAAGAACAAAAAAAAGAAAUGACCAUUUAAAGGAUAAUAUUAAAGAGAUAAAAAUUGCUUAUAUCCUACAUUUUUAAAAUAAAAAUAAAAUUAAUAUAGGUAAACAUAAUCUCUAUCUCUUUCAAGAUCAAAACACCGUUCGACUUUCGAAUCGAAUUAAAACGACAUAUUGUAUAUGUAUGUAUUAUGUAGGCCAUGGAAUUCAUACAAAAGAAAAUCGAUAAACUUAGCGAUAAGGGGACGAUUACUAUUAAAAUUAUGUUAUUAUCGUCGUAAGUAUGGUAUCUCGUAGUUAACACUAAUGCCUACUCGCCAAUAAAAGUUAAGAUCAUGUUGCACAUACUUACGUAUGUAUAAUGUCCGAGUUCACCUAUUUGUAUGUAUGUUUGUGUGAAUGCGCGCGUACGUGUGUGUGUGUGUCUGUCUAUCUGUCUGUGCACGUCCGUGUAUGUGUGUAUGCGUGCCUGCCUGAUCGUAUAUAUAAUAUACAUAAAUAUAUAUAUAUAUAUAUAAACGUGUGCAUAUAUAAAAGUAUUAUUGUUACUAUUUAAUUGUUAUAAAUACGGACACAGUGUCAGGCACGGUCUGAAGGUUCACUUUUUUUCGACCGACAUGUUUCGCUGUGUUCUUGUACAUAAAUUUCAUCAUACUUAUAUACAUACAUAUAUACAUACAUACAAACAUACAUACAAACAUACAUACAUACAUACAUACAUACAUACAUACAUACAUACAUACAUACAUACAUACAUACAUACAUACAUACAUACAUACAUAAAGGACGGUCUAAUAACUUCAAAUCACUAAAUCCUACGAUAAUAUUACAAUUUUAAAUAAAAAUAUAAAAAGAAGCGUUGAAAAUGAGUAUAUAGCGAUGAUAAUAAUAAUAAUAAUAAAAAUAAUAAUAAUGAUGAUGGUGGCGAUAACGAUGAUGACAAUGAUGAUGAUGAUGAUGAUGAUAAUGAUGAUGAUGAUAUUGAUGAUGAUAAUGAUGACGAUAAUGAUGAUGAUGAUGAUGAUGAUGAUGAUGAUGAUGAUGAUGAUAAUGAUCAUGAUGAUAAUGAUGAUGAUAAUGAUGAUGAUGAUGAAGACGACGACGAUGAUGAUGAUGAUGGAUGAUCAUGAUAAUGAUGAUGAUAGUGAUAAUUAAUAGUAAUAGUAAUAAUAAUAAUAUAAUAAUAAUAGCAGUAAUAAUAAGUAUAAAAAUAAGAUUAACAAUGAUAAUGAUAAUGAUAAUGAUAAUAAUAUAAAGGCAGCCUGUCCCUUUCUCGAAUUUUUCCACAAUGACACACCGCACCGUAAAUUUUUGGCUUUUAAAAAAAGAUUUCACAUUUUAUACACGUUGUCUGACGGUGUGUCGAAACAAGAAAGUAUUUUAAUAAUCUCGAUUCGUCGCUUGAUAUGCCAUUUUAGCACACGCGUUGUUAUCGAUCACAAAAAAAAAUUAAGAAGAAGAAAAAAAACAGAAAAUAAUUAUGCCGAAUACUAAGCGGAGAACUACAUAAGUACUUUCUUUUUUUAUUAUUUAUUCCCAAUUUUUUUUCUUUCUUCCUUUCUUUCUUUUUUCUUUUUUUCUUUUAUCUAUUUUUUUUUUAGCGAUCUUGUAUCACUCUCGUAUAAAAUAAAGAAGAAAAGAAAAAAGGAAAAAAGAAAAGAUAAAAAAAAAGGGAAAAAAAAAUAAAUAAAUAGAGAUUUCAACUAUUAAACAUUGCUUUUAAUGUGCGUCGUCCCAUUGCUACGCGUAUAAUUAUUAUAAUCUAAAUGUCUCUGCGUUUAAUACGUAAAACAAAGUAUUAGAUUUACGUUCCAUCAUGAGGUAUGAAAAAGAUAAACUAAAUACGGCGAAUCGAUCAUUUGUCAUUUCUAAAAAAAGUAUUGUCAAUUAAGGAAUAAAGUCCAGUACUCUGUAAUUAAAUAACGGACGCUAUAUAAUUUGAUUUUUUUUGUUAUAAUGUCUCUCUCUCUCUCUCUCUCUCUCUCUCUCUCUCUCUUUCUCUCUCUCCGUCUUUCUUUCUCUCUCUUUCUCUCUUUAUCUUUCUCCAACCUUUUUCUAUCUGUCAAUCUCUAUUUCUCUCAAUUUGAUAAGAAUAUAUUUUAUUCAUGUUGCUGUAAAUUUCGCGCGUUAAAACCCCGAUUGUGAUAAUGUGGUAAAGAUAUUUAAGAGUAGUUAUAUAAAUAAAAGAUGAGAGGAAUGGCACAAAAGAA